AUGGCCAAUUCACAGUAUGAAUACGUCAAGAGCUACGAGAUACCUGACCCGCUUAUGCCGAACACAUUUGCCGUGAUCCGGGUUGACGGGCACGCGUUCACCAAGUUCUGCCAUGCGCACCAGUUCGAGAAGCCAAACGAUAUCCGCGCGCUGGACCUCAUGAACCGCGCUGCCAAGGCCGUGAUGCAGGAAUUCCCGGACAUUGUCUUGGCAUUUGGCGAGAGCGACGAGUACAGCUUCCUCAUGCGACGAGAUGCGAGCGUGUACGGCCGGCGGCGGAGCAAGAUCAACUCAACAGUCGCGUCCAUCUUCACUUCCAACUACGUGUUCUACUGGAACGAGUUCUUCCCCAACACUCCCCUCAGGUACCCGCCAACUUUUGACUCGCGCGUCGUCCUCUACCCCACCGCCAAAGAGGUGCGCGACUACUUUUCGUGGAGGCAGGUCGACACUCACAUCAACAACCUCCACAACACGUGCUAUUGGGCGCUGCGGCAUGAUGGCGAGUCGGGCACAGAGGCGACCAAGCUGCUCGAGGGCACAUUCUCAGAUAACAAGAACGAGUUGCUGUUCACGCGCUUCAAGGUCAACUACAACAACUUGCCAGAGUACUUCAAGAAAGGGAGCGUGCUCGUACGCACCGACCCAAGGCUGACGAAGGGACCCUCAAAACGCGAUGUGCCUUUAUCGCAAUGUACAGAAACUUCAGGCCCAACCGAGCCCUCAGGCUCUGCCAUCGCCGAGGCAGACCUGUCGGCGCCAUCACUUCCAGGCCCCGAAUCACCAGCAGUGGCGAAGAAGAAGGAGAGGAAGAAGAAACCUCUCAAGCCGUUCGACGGGCGGUCAGGUCCGAUAACCAUCCUCCACACCGACAUUAUCAAAGAGAAGCCGUUCUGGGAAGAGCGGCCAUGGCUCCUUGAAUGA